AGAAAGGGAGGGAGAGGCGAGUGUCCGGGAGGUGUGAGCGAGUGUUGGAGAGGCGGGUGUCCCGGGCCGUGAGGGAGGGGAGUGAGGGGGCGGCGGGUGUCCCGGGACAGUCAGCCCUCUGUCCAGUUGUCGCGGACCUUCCGAGAUGUAUUUCUACAAACACCAGCGGGCACAAGUCAGCUGCUUCUUCAAAUACGUUCUGUUCGGCCUCAACAUCAUCUUCUGGUUGGCGGGAGCUGGGCUUCUUGCAAUCACUCUCUGGGCCUGGAAUGAAAAGGGAGUGUUAAAUAUCCAAUCCAUCACUGAGCUGAAUGGGUUUGAUCCAGUCUGGGUAAUCCUGGUAGUCGGUUUGGUGACCUUCAUUCUGGGAUUCGCAGGAUGCAUUGGAGCUCUGCGAGAGAACAUCUGCCUGCUGAAGUUUUUCUCUUUCAUCAUCGCAACAAUCUUUACUUUGGAGCUGGCAGCCGGAAUCCUCGCCUUCGUGUUUCAGGACUGGGUGAAGGAGCAGGUGCAAAAUUUUGUGCGAGACAACAUUGGCGUGUACCGUGAUGACAUAGAUCUGCAGAACCUCAUCGACGCAGUUCAGAAAUACAUGCAGUGUUGUGGAGCUGCUGGUCCUGAUGACUGGAACAACAAUCUUUACUUCAACUGUUCCCAGGAGAAUACCAGCCGGGAACGAUGUGGUGUUCCCUUUUCCUGCUGUAUACCUGACCCCGCACAGAACGUUGUGAACACCCAGUGUGGAUACGACAUCCGAUCCAACAAAAAGGUCAACAUGAAGGGCAAUCUGAUCAUCUACACAAAGGGCUGUGUGCAGGCAUUCGAGGACUGGCUGCCCAGAAACAUCUACUUUGUAGCUGGAGCUUUGCUGGUCAUUGCCGCCUUGCAGAUGUUCUCGAUUUAUCUUGCGCGAUCGCUGAUCAGCGAAAUCAAAGCGAUAAAGGCUGGGUGGCGUUACUGAGAUCAUGGUGAAGUCUGCAGGAUCCAGGGAUCGCUCGACUUCGCAAACUAUCAAAGAAUAUAGAUUUUUGUGCCAAAGGAAGCGUCACUAUAUUUCGUUAUUCAGGUGUUGAACGGCUCUGCUGUGCAUUCCCCGCCCCUUUUUUUAAACCAAGCACCCUGCGCCUCGCUGCACCCUGCGGAUGUUUGGGAGGGAACCGCUGGACAUUCCUCACAUCAUCAGACGUUGAACAUGGGGAGAGUCUGGAAAACAUCGCACCACCACCAUUCCCCAGUUAGUGCAGUGCGGGGCGAUACCAGCCAAGGGACGGAGCGAGUCGCUGUCAUCGCCACUGGUCUGAAUUAGUUGCUGGUCUCUGCACAUGAGACCGCAGCGACACUGCCCGUCUUUGCUCCAGGAACGGGCACCUGAAGCAGGAUUUCAUCAGGAGCUGGUUGCAGAGCGCAGCUCUCUCCUUUCUGCUGUUUGACAUGUUGGGUUGUUCUGCAGAGUUAGUUGGUAACAGGAGCAGCAACGUACCGUUCAAGUCGGAGGGAAAGACUCUGCGUGGCCUUUCCCUGUGAUGUCGGUGGGUUUGUGAAUCAUCCUGCGGGGAAGAGCAGCGUGUGGGAACAGCCACAGGGAGGGGCCUUUCUGAGCUUCCCAUCAAGCUCAGCAGCUCAGCUUCAUUCCAGCAGAAACUUUCUGUUAGUAUAAUAUCGGAAUAUUUUUAAUUGUUUAAAAAUAGGAAUAAACAAGCUUAGCUUUUGUGUCCAUCCUCAUGUUGAAAGCUUUCACACUGUACUGGAAAGCUUCAGCUUUUAUCAGCCUCAUUUUUAAAUACAUUAAAAUAUAAUCAACAAGUAA